AAAAAAAAAAAAAAAAACUACGGCGGCCGAGAAGGGGAGCGCACGGCCCAGUCCUGAGGUCGCGGGAGGCUCCGAGGACUGCAAAAGGGUGGAGCCGGCCUCACCCCCGCCCAGGCUCCACCCUUGCCCAGGCCCCGCCCCCGCCGGGAGGCCACCUUCCUAGUCCGGAGCCGCGGGCGGAUCCUUGCAAGCAUGGUGGCGCCGGGGCUUGUACUCGGGCUGGUGCUGCCAUUAAUCCUGUGGGCCGACCGAAGUGCAGGUAUUGGUUUUCGCUUUGCUUCGUACAUCAAUAAUGAUAUGGUGCUGCAGAAGGAGCCUGCUGGAGCAGUGAUAUGGGGCUUCGGUACACCUGGAGCCGCAGUAACUGUGACCCUGCGCCAAGGUCAGGAAACCAUCAUGAAGAAAGUGACCAGUGUGAAAGCUCACUCUGAUACCUGGAUGGUGGUACUGGAUCCUAUGAAGGCUGGAGGACCUUUCGAAGUGAUGGCACAACAGACUUUGGAGAAAAUGAACUUCACCCUGAGAGUUCAUGAUGUCCUGUUUGGAGAUGUCUGGCUCUGUAGUGGGCAGAGUAACAUGCAGAUGACUGUGCUACAGAUAUUUAAUGCUACAAGGGAGUUGUCUAACACUGCUGCCUAUCAGUCUGUCCGCAUCCUCUCCGUCUCUCCCAUUCAAGCAGAGCAGGAGCUGGAGGACCUUGUUGCGGUUGACUUGCAAUGGUCUAAGCCCACCUCAGAAAACUUAGGCCACGGAUAUUUCAAGUACAUGUCAGCAGUGUGCUGGCUCUUUGGGCGUCACCUGUAUGACACUCUGCAGUAUCCCAUCGGGCUGAUCGCCUCCAGCUGGGGCGGGACACCCAUUGAAGCCUGGUCAUCUGGACGGUCACUGAAAGCCUGCGGGGUUCCUAAACAAGGGUCCGUUCCAUAUAAUUCUGUAACUGGUCCCAGUAAGCACUCUGUCCUGUGGAAUGCCAUGAUCCAUCCACUGCGCAAUAUGACUCUGAAAGGGGUGGUGUGGUACCAGGGGGAGUCCAAUGUAAAUUAUAACACGGACCUGUACAAUUGCACAUUCCCUGCACUCAUCGAAGACUGGCGCGAAACCUUCCACCGUGGUUCCCAGGGGCAGACAGAGCGUUUCUUCCCAUUUGGAUUUGUCCAGUUAUCUUCAGAUUUGUCUAAGAAGAGCUCAGACGAUGGAUUUCCCCAGAUCCGUUGGCAUCAAACAGCAGACUUUGGCUAUGUCCCCAACCCAAAGAUGCCCAAUACUUUCAUGGCUGUAGCUAUGGACCUCUGCGAUAGAGACUCGCCUUUUGGCAGCAUCCACCCACGAGAUAAACAGACGGUGGCUUAUCGGCUGCACCUGGGGGCCCGUGCUCUAGCUUAUGGUGAGAAGAACUUGACCUUUGAAGGACCGCUACCUGAGACGGUAGAACUCUUGGCUCACGAGGGGCUGCUCAAUCUCACAUAUUACCAGCAAAUCCAGGUGCAGAAAAGGGACAACAAGAUAUUUGAGAUCUCCUGUUGCAGUGACCAUCGAUGCAAGUGGCUUCCAGCUUCCAUGAACACCUUCUCUACCCAGUCCCUGACCCUGGCGACUGAUUCUUGUCACGGCACCGUGGUUGCUCUCCGCUAUGCUUGGACCACGUGGCCUUGUGAAUAUAAGCAGUGUCCCCUAUACCACCCCAGCAGUGCCUUGCCAGCCCCUCCCUUCAUUGCUUUCAUUACAGACCAGGGUUCCGGACAUCAGAGCAAUGUUGCUAAAUGACUGUUUCCAUAUGAUCAGAACUUAGAUAUAAGGAUGGGUCCUUCAGAUUUCAGCAUUUAGGAGUUUCAGUAAUAACCAUUGCUUUUAAAGGAAAUUAAUAGAAAGCCUCAUUGAAUGGCUUCCAGCUAGCACAUGGCUGUUUCUAUAUUCUGAUGAGCCUGGUAGGUAACUUGAAAUGCUUGCUUUUUUUUGUCCCCUAGUUAGUCAAAGGGUCUGUAUUGGACUAAUUCUGAACUACAGACAAAUUGGAUCUCAAUGUCAUUUACUUCCCUCAUAUUAAUGGGAGUGAAAUAUCUAAUACUUUUGCUCCUUGUCAUCCAGAGUUGUGGGAUCUCAGGAUUGGAAGAUUUUAAAGGCCGCAUAGGCCAGCUAGUGUUCAUGUGUUCUUUUUUUUUUGAGACGGAGUCUCGCUCUGUCGCCCAGGCUGGAGUGCAGUGGCCAGAUCUCAGCUCACUACAAGCUCCGCCUCCUGGGUUUACGCCAUCCUCCUGCCUCAGCCCCCGAGUAGCUGAGACUACAGGCGCCCGCCACCUUGCCCUCGUGUGUUCUUUACAAAAUUUCUGACAGGUGGUUACUGAAUCUCUGUAUGAACUUUCCAUUAAAACUUUCCAAGUUUUUCCUUAUGUGGAACUGAAAUCUGUCUCCUGUGAAACUUUACUACUAUCAGAGUCUUCCAGAUAAUUGAAGACAGAUCUCUUUGUAUUCUCUUUAAGCCCAAACCAAUUCUGUUCCUUCAAUGUAAAUCAUGAUAAUAUGAAUGUUUAAGAAAUAAGAAACGUGUACAGGCACUUUGGGAGGUGCUAAGUGACUGCCCUAAGGAAUGAAAAGCAAGGGCCAGGUGGGAGUGGCCCAGGGAAGGCACUUGGGCUGCCAGGAACAGGAGGGACGGGAAACUUUGGCUUAGGAAAACAUGAGCAUAGGAGCAACAGAGGCAAAUGUGUUGUCCGAGUUAAAUAUAAAUCUCAGGCUCUUUAAAGGUAAAAGGUUUAAGGAUAAUCCAUGUGGAAGAAAAGAGAGAGUGAGGCUGAAAGUAAAGCCACAUGACAAGUAUAUA